AUGUCAGAUGGAGGUUAUCAGGAGGUAGUACUUGAAGGGUCUCUGCUGAAGCUGUAUAUGGCAGAUGAAGGGGUAGCUGAGAAUUACACUCAAAGCGAAGACGAGAAUAUGCUGUUUGACAUUAAUGGGAAUGGGGGUCACGAGGAAGUUCAAGUAAGCGACUCAAGUAACAAUCUUGAAAAAACGGACUUGGAGAGGGUAGGAAGUAAGGGGAGCGAUUGUCAUGUUGCUGGUGAAAAUGGAGACAUUCUCGAUGGGCUUGAAGAAAACAAUCAAAACAACGCGAUUGAUCAGGAAGGGGAAGGGAAGGUAGAAGUGGAAGCAGAAGGUGAAGCAGAAGGUGAAGCAGAAGUUGAAGCGGAAGGUGAAGUAGAAGGUGAAGCAGAAGGGGAAGCAGAAGCAGAAGGUGAAGCAGAAGCAGAAGGUGAAGCAGAAGCAGAUGGUGAAGCAGAAUGUGAAGAUGAAGCAGAAGUGGAAGAAGAAGAAGAAGAGGAAGAGUUUGGGGAUUUUGACGAAUUUAACGAUUUUGAGAGUCUGCGGCUGCAACAGCUACCAUCAUCACCGUCUCCACCACCUAUUCAACAACAACCAUUUGAACUGGGAUUUACAUCCUUGGACACCUUAUUUGAGUCAAUCGCGAUUCCCGAAAGUGCAUUUUCCAACAAGUCAGAGUUUGAAACAAGGUUAGAACAGCUCAUGUCCAAAUUAUUUAUAGUUGUACCACAAAAUACGCAGCAAAGUCCUAGAAUGCCACCACACCAACAGCAACAGGAUGAUAUUUCGGAGUCAUUUCCACCACACCAACAGCAACAGGGUGAUAUUUUGGAGUCAUUGCUAUCUAACGAUAGAGUCAAAACUAUAUAUAAACAAAUCUCCGAAAUACCGUAUUUACAACCUCCCAAUUGGAUUAAACUGGACAUUCGCCAUAACUUGUUGAUCAAAUUGGGUAUACCUAUAAACUUGGAUGAGUUACUGGACCUGAAACCCAUUGUUGCCAACACCUUGACAUCAUCGUCAUCACCAACUAACACAUCACAACACCUUACACGGUCAGGGAGUCGAGGUGGUAUACAUGCAAGAAGAAGAUCAAUGAGUGAGCAAGAUAUAAACUGGAAGGAUUUUCCUAUUCCAAAAUUUGAAGAUUUGAACUUGUCAUCUGAAGCUGUUUCAAAAAUUCUUGAAACCACCUCAGCAACACUAUCAAAAUUUGAGAUUGAUAUUAUGGAAAAUUCAAGCAAACAGUAUUUAGAAUCUCGUGAAGAUGAUUUAGUCGAUAUGAAAUUGGAACAACUUCGACUGAAUUAUCAGAGAUUAUUAACUAUGAGCUGCAUAUGGCAGAACCAGUUAACUGAAUUAAGAAAGGAUUAUGAAAUUUACGAGAGCGUGGUACAGAGCUGUAUUGGGUAUAGUCAAAAAUUACGCCGUGAAGAAUUAUUGGAAAAUUUAAAAAGAACAAGAAUGUCAAAACGGAAUAGAAAAUUGCAAUGGAAAAAGUAA